AGUGUUGUUGCAUAAAUUCAUUGUUAAGCAAAAGAAAGGUGAAUUGUGCAAUACGAUACUUAACGCAUCUAUGUUCACGUCAGAUGGUUGAUAAUAAUGCCACAUUGUAUGCUGUAUGUGGCAUUGUGGGCAAAAGCCUAUGUGAGUCGCGAUAAACGUGAAUUUGUCAUAUAUUAACAUGUAUACGUCACAGUAUUUAUCGGACAGUUGAAGAGAUGAGAGAAGUGAGUUCACGUGGUUUCAUCUGACUUACUAGUUUGACAGUUCUCUCUGACUGGGACUGCGGGGCAGCAGCAGCAUACUUCCGUAUGCUCUCGCGGUCUUUUUUUCGGGUUUUUUUUACAAGAAACGGAACGAUUUGCCCGACCCUUUCUGCUUACCUCAGCGACCAAACCAGAAGCACCAGUGUCACAACCUGAACCUUGAUCUGUGCAGUGGUGGGGCCAAACCGGAUGCACCACUGUCACAACCUGAACCUCGAUCUGUGCAGUGGUAUGCAAAUAUUUUCUUCCCUGUGCCACCCAGGCAGUGAAAAAAAUGGAGCAUGCUUUUUAGGACAAAAAUAUUGCUAUAUAGGUGCUAUUCCUCUGUUUUUUAAAAUUGUAGUUUUCGUGUAAAUACUGAAACAAAGGUGAAAAUGCCUUUCAAAAGGUAAGAAUGCAACAGCUUAAUUAUAAGCUGCUCUGAGAACUCAACUGUGUUUCUCUUUUAAUUAUUUGAAAAUACUGAAUGGAGAGAAAAAGGACUCGGUUAAGUCUUUCUUCUUCUGAAGAAGAAGAUAGGGACAGGAGAUCUAGCCAAAGGUUUAGAAAGAGAGUCAGAUAUUUUGAAGAUGAUGAGCAGAAGGAAGAGGAAGUCGAAGAGGAGGAUGAAGAGGAGGAUGAAGAAGAAGAAAAUGAGCAGCCAGGCCCAUCCACCCAGAACACCCACAACCAGAGGACACAAGAAGACAGAUUCUUACAUGUAACCUGUGGAAACAAGAAGGGCAUCCUGGAUGUAGGAAAGCUGGACAGAGGCAAGGAGUGUAUUGAGUGUGAAGGUCACUGGUUUGCUCCACCUGCCUUUGAGGACUUUGGAGGGAAAGGGCACAGUAAAAAAUGGAAAACAAGUAUUUUCUAUGACAAUAAGCCUCUACAGUUUUGGUUUGAGCAAGGUUCUUUAACCACUAAGGGAUUUAAAAGGAGAAGAACUGAGACUGCAAAGCAUAAGAAAAUCCUGUCAUCAGACCAUGAAUCAGGGAGCCUUUCUGAAGAGUCAGAAAUAAGCCUACAAUCUGGUGAAGGAAAUGAGGAAGAUGAUGUUAAAGAUGAAGACUGGCAUCCAGGCAGUGAAGAAUUGGCACCAGAGACAGAGGAGGAGGAGGAAGAAAGGGUAGGGACUGAAAAAGGAGGAGAGGUUGUAGAAGAGGAAGAUAAACUGGAAAAGGGAGAAAUGGAAGAUGAGGAUAUUCCUGUUGUUGCUGAUAACGACAGUGACAACGAUGCAUUUGAAGGGAGUGAGACAAAAUUGAUCAUUUCAGCAGCUAAGAAAAGUGCAUUGCAAAUGAAACUGCAAGUUCUCAUCGAGAGGCUGCCAGAGGUCAGGCGUGAUUGUCAGUCCAACUGCACAGAUCAUCCAGUAAUAGCCAAUUUUUUUACAGUGGAUGCACAGAGUGAAGAGAAGAGAGGAUGCAAUGCCUCGGCAAAGAAUGACACCUCCGUCACAUCAGCCGGACACAUUGAUCCCACUCAGAUACCAGAACCACCCGUCGUUGGAGGUAUUAAGGAAGAAAAUGGAGAGGAGCUGAGUGAAAAUAUCAAGAGUGAAGAACAUGGACAAAGAGAAAUCAAAACUGAAGCUGUAAAUUUUCCAUCAUCAACUACCUCAUCCCCAGAAAUCAAACCUGCCGACAUUAUAGACAACUUGCAGGGGACAGAAGUCCGAGAGUCGGAAAUGGGGCAUUGUGAAGAGAAGGAGGAAGAAUGGAGGAGAAGAGCGAUGGGGCCUGAAAUGCAGAGACAGUUGACUGAACAUUUUGAAGACUGUGACAGUGCUGAUACUGAGCAUUUUUACAUGCCACCAUUUGAAGCCAGUGGUCAAGCCUUUGCAAAUGAAAAUGCAAACACAACGUCCAUUGGAGGCUUUAAAGAAGAAAGCAUAGAGGCGACGAGUGUUGGCCCUCCCACUAUACGUGUGAAUGUGCUGGUUGGUGAGAACUCGGAUAUCACCACCGCUGGUGUGGCUCAAUUACAAGAGAUGGUGCAAGAAAAAAGGUGUCCCCAAACAGUCCAAGCCUCAGACAUGUUGGAGGGUCCAUCCUCUGGGCCCUCUGCUGGCUUUAAUUUGGAUACGAUGGACCUUGAUCAGCUAAAGAGAGAAAAAAUAAAAAUGCAAUUGAAAGUCUUAAAGUUGCAAGAGGAAUACUACACCCUGCAAAUAAAGAAAUUUAAACAAUGAAA